AUGUACUUCGAAAACUUCUUCUAUAAACAAGCCACAAUCUUCAAGUGUACUUCCUGCUUCUUCACCGAAUCAAAUGAUGAUGUUCUGUUGAAGAGCCGCAUGAUGAUAGGCUUAAAGAGUGAUGAAAACAUACUCGCUUCUCAUUGGAAUGAGAGGGUAAUGGGAGAUGAAAUGGGGCAGAAGGGAAAGGAGGAUAAGAAGGAUGGGAAGCCGGAAAGAAAAGGACGACAGAAGAGUGGAGAUCGUAAUGAAGGAAGAACUUGA